AUGUCAACUGUUCCUCAAAGGAUCUUAUAACAAAGAAGUCAAGUUUGGUUAAUUUAAAAAUCCAUCUGCAUUACCAGUAAGAAUAGUCUAUAAUAAAUCUAGGGUCCUUCAUCGACUAUAAAUGAUCGCAAUAAAAAAGGCUAUGAGGAAGUAAAUGUGAAACCUAUUACCUAAAACAAGCCAGACCUUCAACACUACAAUCCAGCUAAAUACCUGAAGCCUUUUGAAGAUGACAGAAUCAACACUAUAGAAUAUAAUUCAAGCAUCACUAAUGACGAUAUUGGUAACUCCCUGUCAUUCAAUCGCAUUCUUAAUAAAAAGAAGGCAGCAGAAGAAUUGCGAAUAAAAAGCAGCAUUGAAGGCAUUCCUAUGGCAAAGUAAAUUGAUAGAAACUCUUUUAUGUCUCAGAGAAGGAAAGACUACAAUGGCUCUGACCAAAUGAGAAUGUCCAACAAUGGAAGACAGAUAUUCGAAAAGAUCUUACAAGUCACCAAGGAUGAGAAUGACUAUUACAAUAACCAAAAGGUCUUGACUAAAGAUCAGAGUGCUGCAACCCUUUAUAAAAGAUAGAUACCUGAGUAUUUCAGAGUACUAGAGAAUCCAAAAAACUAGAAAACUCUAGAAGAUUCAUCAGUUGAUGGAAUGGUGUCAAUCAUCAGUAAGAAUUAAGGAUGGAUAACUGUGUCCCCAUCACAUUUGGAUAGGAAAAACCCAGUUGAAAAGCAGAGUAGUCUGGCUGGGGAAUCUACAAAGACUUCUAUUUUAACUCCAUCUUGGAUGAAGAUAGACUACUCAAACUCACCCUAUUCAGAUCCAUUGAAAGGCACCAUCUAGAAGAAUGGAGUACGACAGGAGAACUACCGAACAUUUUUAACUGAGAAGGAACAACCUUAGAAAAGUGUUUUUAGCAUCGGCGGUUUUAGACACAAUGUAGCCACCAAGGAAUAAACUGAAAAGAAUCAAGCUCCUACUAACGAGCCUAACAGAUUUAUUGAGUGGAAAGAAGACCCUCCAAAGUAGAGAUACGAUGAUGCUAGAAUUACUAAUAAAAUAGGUUCAUUUCAUGACAGAUCCAAUUCUCCUGCUGUUAGAUAUUGA